AUGUCAGAACCUCAAACUGCCCCGUCAGGCCUACGGCCGUCAAAACGGUACAUUGCCACUCACGAUCCGGUGACUGGACGGAGUACCUACGCGAGUGCGCCAGAUUAUGUCUACGCCGAGUUCCCUGGAUUUGGAUGUGUUACCCGAUCAUAUGCGACGUCCUCAUUGCCCGCGCGUCUCCAAGAUGAUGAGGAUAUCAAGGCGUUCGAGAGCAAUGACACCGUCUCCAGUCACACCCGGGCCAGAGACUUCGCAAUGCCAGCAUCCGCCAACAAGAAUGGUAUCAGCACGACCCAGGGGGUAAAUCUCAACGUGCUUGACGUCAUUCCCGGUGCCGUGGGUCACUGGCACAGGACGGUGUCCAUGGAUAUCUCCAUCUGUGUCAUGGGCGAACUAGAUCACGAGCUGGAGAGCGGAGGGAAGGUUCGACUUUAUCCAGGGGAUCACAUAAUUCAGCGGGCCACCUUACACCGCUGGUCAAACUCGUCCAAGGAGCAACCUGCGCGACUGAUCGCAGCCAUCUUACCUUGCGAGGACUUCCACGUGGGCGGUAAACCCGUCCAGGAAGCUCAUUUUGCAUUUGGAGAAGGCAAACCACAAUGA